GAAGCGGGAGCCUUAAAAUUCCAGACAGCAAUGCCGGCAAAUCACCUCCCCAUAUUUGCUUAGAACUAUACUUCCCAGCAAGCAGCGCGCGCGACCGUACGUCAUUGCGUUGCGAGUUACGCGCGCUAGCGCAGUGGAAACGGAGGGCAGGCGGAUAGCGAGGAGAAGAGGCCUGAAAACGCGCGCGCGCAGCUGUUCCGGGGGCAACGGAAGCUAACCCGUGCGUGUUUUCCCUCUUCCACAGGGACUGCUUUAGGCUCGGUAUAGCGCUGUGCAACUGAGCGGUGCCUGUCGGGAGUUCUUGCUCCGCAGUUGUAUUAGUGAGGGCGCAGGCGGGAGAGGACCUCGGGCCAAGAGUGACCCGAACAGGGUCCUGCUGAACAACCAAAUGGCGGCAGCCGGAGGAGGAGGCCCUGGUGGUCCAGGAACCGGGGGCAAAAUACGCAGUAGGAGAUAUCACUUGAGUUCCGGCAGGACUCCGUACAGCAAGAGCCGGCAGCAGCAGCAGGGUAUCAUCAGCCGUGUCACGGAUACUGUCAAGAGCAUUGUUCCUGGAUGGUUGCAGAAGUAUUUUAACAAACAAGAAGAGGAACAUGACCGAGUACAUAGUGCAAGUGAAGUAAUUGUGAAUGAUACUGAGGCUAGAGAAAAUAAUGCUGAACACCAUAUCUAUGUUGUUGAUGAUGAUGAUGACGAAGAAGGAAAUUCUCCCACUGAUGGCAGAGUCACUCCUGAGCCAAUUAUUAAUGUUGAUGAAGAAGGUGUGUGUAUAGUUCCGUCCACUAGUCAGUCAGCAAUAAACAACACAGAUGCCCUUACUAGGCCAUCUUUACACCGUGCUAGUCUAAACUUCAACAUAUUUGACUCUCCUGCACUGAACUGCCAGCCUUCAACCUCUUCGGCAUUUCCUAUUGGCACCUCUGGCUUCUCACUUAUAAAAGAGAUCAAGGACUCUACCUCACAACAUGAUGACGAUAACAUCUCCACCACCAGUGGCUUUUCCUCUAGAGCAUCUGAUAAAGAUCUAGCCGUUUCAAAAAAUGUCAGCGUGCCACCUCUUUGGUCUCCUGAAGUUGAUCGCUCACAGUCUCUGUCACAUAACUCCUCCAUGACCUCCAAAAAACCAACUUUUAAUCUUUCUGCUUUCGGUUCUCUCUCACCUUCUCUUGGAAACGCAUCUAUCUUAAACCGUCAGCUUGGUGAUUCUCCUUUUUAUCCUGGCAAAACAACAUACCAAGGUGCAGCUGCAGUCCGUUCCUCGCGAGUGCGCGCCACCCCAUAUCAAGCACCUUUACGAAGACAGGUGAAGGCAAAACCAGCAGCACACUCUCAGCAGUGUGGUGUUACCAGCUCCGCUGCACGGCGCAUUCUACAGUCUUUGGAGAAGAUGUCAAGUCCUUUAGCGGAUGCCAAAAGGAUCCCAUCAAACUCUUCUUUAUCACAUACACCAGAAAAGAACGUCAUGGAUAUUCCCGAAAACCCAUCAAAAAGGAAAAAGGUGGAGUCCCCAUUUCCUCCAGUUCAGAGGCUUGUGACUCCAAAAUCCAUUUCUGUCUCUGCAAACCGUUCCCUGUAUAUCAAGCCUUCACUGACACCAUCUGCUGUAUCAAAUACAAACAGUCGCAGAAUACAGCCAGACAAGCACAAUGAGUCCACAAAGAAUAAUCUGCAAACAACAUCUCAGUCUCACAGCUUCUCUUACCCAAAGUUCAGUACUCCGGCAUCCAAUGGAUUGUCAUCAGGAACAGGUGGUGGCAAAAUGAUGAGGGAAAAAGGCUCUCAUUACUCAACAAAGCCAGCUAAUGAGGAGCUGGAUGGGCCUGUUUUACCUGAAAUCCCAUUGCCUCUUAGCACAGCAGCCCUUCCCAGCUUUCAAUUUUCAACUUUGUCUGGCUCUGCUACUUCGCCUAUCUCUGUCACUAAACCUGCAAACAGUACGACAUGUCGCUUAACCAGCAGUAGCCCAUCGUUCACAUUUUCGUCCCCUAUUGUAAAGUCGACUGAAUCAAAUGCUCAGUCUCCUGGCUCAUCUGUUGAUUUCACUUUCAGUGUACCAGCAGCGAAAGCGUCUUGUGCAACAUCUGAUGAGAGCAAGGUGUCUGCUGUAAGUAGCGCGGCUAAAACACAUGCUGCUGUUAGCAGUGCAAAGAACACUGAUGAUGAACAAUUGGGAUUCUGUAAACCUGCAAAAACUCUGAAGGAAGGGAGUGUGUUAGACAUGCUGAGAAGUCCAGGGUUUUCUUCUUCACCCUCCCUGCUGACUUCAGCAUCAAGUCUUAACAGAAGCACACCAACCCUCUCAAAGACUGUGGGGAAUACAUUCUCCCCUGCAAAUGUAUCAUUAGGAGUAGGAAGCAAGCAAGCUUUUGGACUUUGGCAAUGCAGCGCAUGCUUUCAUGAGAAUAUGUCAUCUGAUAGCAACUGUAUUUCUUGCUCUGCUUUAAAACCUCGGCCUACAGAAACCUCUAAGAAACUACCUGCUUCACCGCCAAGUAGCAAUACAAAAAGCACUGUCCCACUUUCUAGCACACCAGGACUAGGAGACAUAUUUAAAAAACCUGCAGGCAUGUGGGAUUGUGACACUUGUUUAGUACAGAACAAAGCAGAAGUAACAAAAUGUGUUGCUUGUGAAACCCCCAAACCUGGGACUGGUAUGAAAGCUACCUUGUUGAUACCGUCCACCACAAAGUCUACAAAUCCAGCCACAAAUACUCUUGCUUUUGCAUCUUGCUCUGCAAGCAUUCCAAAUGAAGAAAUGUUCAAAAAGCCUAUGGGAUCUUGGGAGUGCACAGUUUGCCAUAUGCAGAAUAAAACAGAGGAUAAUACAUGUGUGGGCUGCAAAGCUGAGAAACUAGGAACCGUCAAGAGCGUACCUACUGCUGCACCAUCAGGGCUGCUGGGAUUGUUAGAUCAGUUUAAAAAACCAACAGGGAGCUGGGAUUGUGAUGUCUGCUUAAUACAAAACAAACCAGAAGCCAACAAAUGUGUUGCAUGUGAAAGUGCCAAACCAGGCACCAAAGCAGAACUGAAAGGUACUUUUGAUACAGUGAAAAAUUCAGUUUCAGUUGCACCCCUUUCUUCAGGGCAGCUGGGAUUGCUAGAUCAGUUUAAGAAGUCAGCAGGAAGCUGGGAUUGUGAUGUCUGCCUAGUAGAAAACAAACCAGAAGCCACAAAAUGUGUUGCCUGUGAGACCUCAAAACCAGGCACAAAAGCAGAGUUAAAAGGUUUUGGAACAUCAACCUUUUCCUCUGGAACAGCAGCUCCGACCUUCAAGUUUGGUGUGCAGUCUUCAGAUAGCACUGCUGAGUUAAAAUCGGGUGCCUCUACAAGUGGUUUUGCCAAAUCUAUAGGGGAUUUUAAAUUUGGUUUAGCGUCUGCAUCCACAACAACAGAGGAAACUGGCAAGAAAAGCUUUACAUUUGGCUCUUCUACUACCAAUGAAGUUUCAGCAGGUUUUAAGUUUGGCAUUGCCGGCUCUGCUCAGACAAAACCAGACGCCCUAAGUCAGUCUACCACAAGUGGUUUCACAUUUGGCUCUGUUUCCAACACGGUUUCUCUUGCUCCUACUGCAACUAGCUCAGGGAGCACAGGCUUGCAAGUGGCGGCUGCAAUUGCUGAUUCCAACCUUGCAACUACUGCUACCUUAAAAUCAGCAGAAGAUAAAAAGGCCGAAGCACCUACAAUAACACCGUUUUCUUUUGGGAAAACAGAUCAAAAUAAAGAGACUGCAUCCACCUCUUUUGUCUUUGGAAAGAAAGAUGAAAAGACAGACUCUGCUCCAACUGGAUCUUCCUUUGCUUUUGGGCUAAAAAAGGAUGGGGAGGAAUCUAAGCAGUUUCUUUUUGGAAAACCUGAGCCAACCAAAGUAGAUGGCAGUGCAGCAUCUGCUGGUUUUGCUUUUGGUGUGACUAAUCCCACAGAGAAAAAGGAUAUUGAACAGCCUGGAAAAUCAGUUUUUGCCUUCGGUGCUCAAACUUCAAUCACAGAUGCUGGAGCUUCCAAACAACCUUUUAGUUUUCUGACCAAUGUCUCCUCCACUGCAGCUUCAUCAAGCACUUGUGUCUCCAGCAGUGUAUUUGGCAGUGUGACUCAGUCAAGCACUCCUGCAACCCCUAGUAAUGUGUUUGGCAGUGCUAUUUCAGCAAAUGCUCCUGCCCCGUCUAGUGGUGUAUUUGGAAACCUCACUCCAUCAAAUGCCCCUGCAGCUUCUAGCACUUUGUUUGGUAACGUUGCUCCCUCAAGUACUCCUUCUGGCUCCAGUGGUUUGUUUGGCACUGCAGCUGCAUCCAGUACUCCUGCCACUUCCACUAGCUUGUUUGGCUCUGCAGCUAAAUUGAGUGCUCCUGCAAGCUCUGGAGGGGUGUUCAACAGUGCAGCUCCUGCUGCCCCAGCAUCAACUGCAAGUAGUGUGUUUGGCAGUGUAGCCUCUUCAACAAACACUUCUGCAAAUUCUGCAAACAUAUUUGGAAGCUCUGGUGGAGCGGCCACUGCUCCUGGGGCUUUUGUGUUUGGACAGCCAGCUAGUACUGCUAGCACUGUUUUUGGAAACUCGAGCGAAUCAAAAUCGACCUUUGUUUUCUCUGGUCAGGAAAAUAAACCCGUGACCUCUGCAAGUACUUCUGUGACUCCGUUUCUAUUUGGAGCAGUGUCUGCCAGUACUACCCCAGCAGCUCCAGGUUUUAACUUUGGACGAACAAUCACUUCAAAUACAACAGGCACUAGCUCGUCUCCAUUUAUCUUUGGUGCUGGCGCAAGUGGCUCUGCUUCUUCAAGUAUAACAGCUCAGGCCAAUCCAGUGCCAGCAUUUGGGCAAAGUUCUAACCCGUCUACUGCACCUGCUUUUGGCUCUUCAACUUCAGUUCCAGUGUUUCCAGCUGGGAAUUCUCAGCAAGUCCCGGCCUUUGGUUCGAGUAGUGCACAACCCCCUGUGUUUGGGCAACAAGCCACUCAGCCUUCUUUUGGAUCUCCUGCUGCACCCAGUGCUGGAUCUGGUUUCCCGUUUGGCAACAACGCAAACUUCAACUUUAACAGCACAAAUUCAUCAGGUGGAGUCUUCACUUUUAAUGCAAAUUCAGGAUCCACCACCCAACCACCUCCCCCAGGAUACAUGUUUAAUGCAGCUGCGCCAGGUUUUAACAUGGGAACAAAUGGCAGGACGACUCCAGCAUCUACUAUUUCUACUCGCAAGAUAAAGACCGCCAGAAGAAGAAAGUAAUUGAAUGAAUGUACUGGAAGUAAUGGUUGUUUCAAGAAAUGAAUGAUGUCCUGCAUUGUGCAAAUACUGGAGUGUUCCUCAUGCUGUGUGUAGUGGAAGUCAGAUCAGCCCAAGGACAAAAAUAUAUGCUGAAACUUGUCUCUUUUUCCUCUGUAAUUAAAACAUGGUGAUGGGAAAUUUCUUUACCAAGAAAUCUGAUUCCGGCACCUCCUUUGUUUACCUGACUUGGCAUGAUUUGGCUAUACGAGUGUUUAUAGCCUGCACAGCGAAUGGCUUUUGUAUAAUACCUCUUUCAUCUGCACCACUAUUUUAUUGAUGCUUUGAAAUUGUAAUUGUGAGCGAGGAGCCGUGUAUAGGUUACAGACUGAUUUCUACACCGCAGUUGUGCUGGUGAAUGUGUGGAGUGUAGUGUGCAACGAAACUUUUCUGCUUACGGAAGACUGACUCAUGAAUGGUCCUUACAUAGGAUGUGCUAGAUCUGUACUUCUCUUUCAAAUAUAUGCCUUUUCUUCUCCUCCUCCUCCUCCCCCCUGUUUUCAUUCAGCUCUUGUCAUCUUUACUUCUCUCCAUUAUUUUAUUAUAUUCAUGUAAAUACAUUUGUUUCUCCAUGUACCUUUCAGCAUAACCUAAAUCUGUGAACUUGAAAUUUUAAUUUUUUUUUCUUUUCAUUUUACUGCAGAUCUCCUCUUUGUUUAGAAAUGUCUCAGAUUUUAUUAUAAGUCUCAUUAUUCAAAGUUGCCUAACUCCAUAAAAAGAAGUCUUUAAAGAAAAUUGGAAAUUCUUUAAAGUGUUUAUUGGCUUUUCUGAUCCAUUUUUAUUUGGACCAAAAACCAGUAUUGUACAAAGUAUUAAGUAUAUAUUUUUAUAUUUACAGAAAUGGACUGUGGUGACUUUGGAUAAUAAGUUUAAUAUUAAAGCCAUGUUUAUUACAGUAUAAUUAACAUGUUAAAUGCCAUCAAUAAAAUUAUAAAAUACAA